AUGACGACCGGAGAAUUAUUACCCAUAUCAUCUCCUGCUCUUCAUGAAGGAAUCAAACCGGCGGAUAUCAGCUAUCCCAGAUGGUUUGGUGGCUCUGCGUCAUGCAUGGCUGUGCUGCUUUCACAUCCUUUUGAUCUCAUCAAGGUUCGAAUGCAAACGGUAUCAAAUGGCGCCAAAGAGGGGUUCAUUCGAACGGGGCUCCAUAUCAUCCAAAGCGAGGGACCAAGAGGUUUAUACCAUGGAGUAAGCAGACUGCCGAGCAAAUUUAAUAAGCUCUCUGCUGGGUUUAUGAGAUCAAUAACUUAUGGAACGUCCCGAAUUGCUCUAUACGAAGAGAUGAAAUUAUCGGCAAAAAGGUCAGAUCGACCUCUUACGAUUCCAAACCUGGCUAUCAUGGCCGCAGCCUCUGGAUUUACAGGCGCUAUCUUCGGCACACCUUCAGAUAUUGCCAAUGUGAGAAUGCAAAAUGACCGCUCAUUGCCGGUCCAAAACCGCCGAAACUAUAAGAAUGUCUUUGACGCAUGGAUUCAGAUGAAGCGUCAUGAAGGCUGGAGAUCUUUCACUCAGGGACUUUGGCCGAAUUGUUUUCGCUCUGGAAUAAUGACAGCAAGUCAACUGGCUUCCUAUGAUGCAUUCAAAAAAUUAUUGCAAAGUGUCGCUAAUACCAAUGAAGAGAGGCCAUUGAUCCACUUCUUUGCGUCUGUAUUGGCGAGCUUAGUUGCAACAUCGAUCUCAAGUCCCAUGGACGUGAUUAGAACCCAGCUUAUGAGUUCUUCGGACAAAACAUCUGUGUUGAAUAUUGUUAGGAAUCUUACGCAGGAAGAAGGUUUCCGAUGGGUGUUUCGGGGCUGGACUCCUAGUUUUAUUCGAUUGGGACCUCAGACUAUCGCCACAUUGGUUAUGUUGGAGCAACAUAAGCGGGUCUAUCGUCUUGUAAAGACUGGGAGAGACUAG